CUGGCCUCCCGCCCCUGCACCCGGCCUCCACCAUGACGGUGAUGUCUGGGGAGAACGCGGACGAGGCCUCGGCCGCCCCCGGCCACCCGCAGGAUGGCAGCUACCCCCGGGCCGCCGAGCACGACGAGCACGAGUGCUGCGAGCGCGUGGUCAUCAACAUCUCCGGGCUGCGCUUCGAGACGCAGCUCAAGACCCUGGCGCAGUUCCCCAACACGCUGCUGGGCAACCCCAAGAAGCGCAUGCGCUACUUCGACCCCCUGCGGAACGAGUACUUCUUCGACCGCAACCGGCCCAGCUUCGACGCCAUCCUCUACUACUACCAGUCGGGGGGCCGCCUGCGCAGGCCGGUCAACGUGCCCCUGGACAUGUUCUCCGAGGAGAUCAAGUUUUACGAAUUGGGCGAGGAGGCCAUGGAGAAGUUCCGCGAGGACGAGGGCUUCAUCAAGGAGGAGGAGCGCCCCCUGCCGGAGAAGGACUACCAGCGCCAGGUGUGGCUGCUCUUCGAGUACCCCGAGAGCUCGGGGCCCGCCAGGGUCAUCGCCAUCGUCUCCGUCAUGGUCAUCCUCAUCUCCAUCGUCAUCUUCUGCCUGGAGACUCUGCCCGAGCUGAAGGAUGACAAGGACUUCACGGGCGCCGUCCGCCGCGUGGACAACAGCACGGUCCCCUACAGCGCCAACAUCUUCACGGACCCCUUCUUCAUCGUGGAAACCCUGUGCAUCAUCUGGUUCUCCUUCGAGCUGGUGGUGCGCUUCUUCGCCUGUCCCAGCAAGACGGACUUCUUCAAGAACAUCAUGAACUUCAUCGACAUCGUGGCCAUCAUCCCGUAUUUCAUCACCCUGGGGACCGAGGUGGCUGAGCAGGAGGGGAACCAGAAGGGCGAGCAGGCCACUUCGCUGGCCAUCCUCAGGGUCAUCCGGUUGGUGAGGGUGUUUAGAAUCUUCAAACUCUCGCGCCACUCCAAGGGCCUCCAGAUCCUGGGCCAGACCCUCAAAGCCAGUAUGAGAGAGCUGGGGCUGCUCAUCUUCUUCCUCUUCAUCGGGGUCAUACUGUUUUCUAGUGCAGUGUACUUUGCCGAGGCUGAAGAAGCUGAGUCGCACUUCUCCAGUAUCCCCGAUGCUUUCUGGUGGGCGGUGGUGUCCAUGACCACUGUAGGAUACGGUGACAUGUACCCUGUGACAAUUGGAGGCAAGAUCGUGGGCUCCUUGUGUGCCAUCGCUGGUGUGCUGACAAUUGCCCUGCCCGUACCUGUCAUUGUGUCCAAUUUCAACUAUUUCUACCACCGAGAAACUGAGGGGGAAGAGCAGGCUCAGCUGCUCCACGUUAGUUCCCCUAAUUUAGCCUCUGACAGUGACCUCAGUCGCCGCAGUUCCUCUACUAUGAGCAAGUCUGAGUACAUGGAGAUCGAAGAGGACAUGAAUAAUAGCAUAGCCCAUUAUAGGCAGACCAAUAUCAGAACUGGCAACUGCACCACAGCUAACCAAAACUGCGUUAAUAAGAGCAAGCUACUGACCGAUGUUUAAAAAAAAAAUUUAACAGAAAAGCCUCAGUUAGCAGCUCAAAAGACUAAAAAAACAAACGGAAACCCUAGUGACUCAUGUCAUACUUUGUAGAUACUUUACUGAAUAGUCUUGAAUGCUCUACUUAACUGUCAAUGCAUUGUUGCAUUGUGGAUUUGGGGAGUAGAGAGCCAGAAGCUCUCAAGUACCAUGAAAAAAGAAACUAUUUUCAUUUUGUUAAAAAAUGGGAAAAGAAAGAGUAUUUUCUAAAACUGGCUUUAAAAAAUUCAGUCCAUGAACUAGUCUAGGUAAAAUAAAAUUCUUAUGCUUCCCCACCCUGAAACAGUUUUAAUCCUUUGGCUUCUUUAACUUUUUUUUUUUUUUAAAUUGAAAACCAGAUGAUCACUUAGAAAUCUAAAAUUAAACUUUGCAUGGGACUCCAACAUAAAACUCUGCAAACUGUACAGCACAUUUACGACAGUGCAUCAGAUGUAUUAUAUGUAACGUGAUAUACCAGACAAAGGGCAAUGAGCAAACGUUCUUAUUUUAAUCAACUGAACUGCAUAUUAUAAGGUAAAAAAAAAACCAAACCAAAACAAAAACCAAACAACAAAUUACUUACGACCGGUUUACAAAGCAUCAUGUAAAUCUGAUACUGGUUCUGACCUGUAGGGAUUUUCCCCCUGUUCCAUUCUUUUUCUAACCUAAACUAUACUCUAAGGAAAAGAUAACUGAAUUAAAUUAGUCGAUUCAUCUGCAGUGCUGCUAAGUUUUCUCAACUGUAGAUGAGCCCAAUACAAGUCUUUUGUCACAAGUCCUGCACCCUGAUCCCUGGCCUUCAGAACUGGAUGUGAAAUCUUGGCCUCCUUAUUGCAAGAGAGCACACAUGAAGUUAAAUGUAAGCAUGUUUGAAUCUGAGAACACUUAUUUUAUAAUCGCAUGCUGAGAACGUUAACCCAGACAAUAGGGGAUAAGCUUACGUUGAAAUUGACUCUCCUAAAAAUCGAUCCUUUUUCAUUUGCAUUCACCAAAAGUGCACUCCUUCAUUUAUUAACUAUUUUAUUAGUAAAUAAAGUACUGUAUUUAAGUGCAUAUGUUACUCAGAUGGGAACAAUAACUUUUUGGAGCUCAAAGCAUGUUCUCUUAUUCAGCAUUAUGGCCUAUUUGACUAAGAUGUACCUUGAAUUAAUUAGUGCAUGAUUUCAGUAAUAAAAAUUUUAAAAAUAAUAAAAAUUACAAGUCUGUGGGAUGAAAGGCCCAAAAGAAAUAAUGGGGGGUGGGUGUGGGGGGUCGCUCAGUCAAUUUUCCUGCCUUUGCUCAGGGAAAUGUCAAGUUUCUGUGCAGGUGUAAGCAGAGAGAGGACCAAGAUGCCCAACCCUUAAAGGGAAGCUAUGUGGAAAACUAAAUAAGUCAUCGAGGUAUAUAUAGCAGCUCCUAAGAACACAUAUUCUUUCUAGCUGAAGAUAAACAAACAAACAAACAAACAAAAGGUGCAAUACUGCAUGUUUUUUGGUGCAUUCUUAGGUGUAAAUGAAAAUGUUUAUCUAUUGUAUGCAUCCAAAGCAGAGCUGAUUUCUUUUUGCAGUCAUGACUUGAAGUCUGUAGAGACUUCGGCCCUCCCCUUGAGGCUCCCUGAAGAAACUCAACCAAUUGAUUUAAUAGUUGCUUAGUGCCUUUAUCUUGUACCCACAGUGAACUGCAGAAAGUGCCUCCAUAACAUAGCUGAGAAGUUAUGUAACAAGAGGGAAGAAGGGUUGGGGCACAGAUAUUUUGCUUUUCUUUCUCCAUCCUCGCUCUCUCACUUCACCAUUGUGCGAAGACCACACCACCCUAAACCCUGGAGAGGAGAGACGCAGGAGGUUGCUGUCUCUCUGGCCAUCCACUGGACCUGGUACCUGUGCCAGCCUGACGCUGGAUGUGAACAAAGACCCAUCUUUGAACUGGACACAAA